UGAAAUGAUGACAGAAUAAAAAGCAAUAAUCAUAGUGAGUGAGGUUGCGUUUCUCUCCGUUCUCAGUGAAGUAUUCUCCUUCAAGAAGACAAAGAAUUAGAAGAAAGAAGGGUUUGCAGUGCAAGCAUGGAUGAAGCUGAAUUUCAACGCCUUCUCCAACUCUUCCCCGUUGUUCGUUGUCGCGAUUACUCUGCAGAAGCAGCGUCAUCCAGACAAAUUCCAUCUGGGGUAGCACAGAAUGAGGUAAAACAAUGGCAAGAUGCAUGGGAUGAAAAGGAAAAUAAGGAUUUUGAGAAGCAAGGACUUGAUCAACACGAUUCAUUUUGGAGCAAGCUAAAGACGGAGGCUGCUAGGAAGAUGGAUGCAGAAGAAGCAGAGAGAUUUUGCAAGGCAUUCCGACAAAUCCAUAAGAAACUAGUGAAUGAAGAGUUGAGUUUAGAAGCAGCUCGAAGCUUCUUAAAAUCAUCCUAGAGUUCCAAAGAAUAUGCUUUCAACAUUUUCCUUGUGAUUCAACAAUCGGCCAUUGCAAUUCUUUGUACUGUAUCAAAGUGUUUUAUAAUUUUAUACUUUUGUAAUAUGAAGAACUAAUAUAUCUUCUUCUUUUUUCAUUUCAA